UCUAACUUUGACCGAUGUGGACAGGGCUUCGAUGGCAAGGGUAAUGAUACUUUCAUUUAAAUAUAAAAAUUGGCUAGCAGGUUUUUUUUUUUCUAUUGGUCAGGCAUGGGAUAUUAGUUAAUAACGAUUUUUAAAAAAAAUUCAACAAAAGAUGAUGUGGAUAGCUGUUUGGGUAAAAUUUAGGCAAUUAGAUUAGUUGAUGAACAAAUGGAUUCAUGCAUGUUAGAUGAAUGAAUAGAUGGAUGGACGUUUAGUUUGAUUGACUUGUUAAUGGAUAAAUGGAUGCAUCAGAUGUUUGAUGUGAGUUAAAUGAAAAAAAAUUGAAGGGUGGUAGGCUCUGGAGAGUACGGAUAAAUCAGUGUUUGGUUUUGUAUCGAUAAUGGAUAGACUCAGUAAAAUUAUUUUUGUUUCCGUUUAGCAUUCCCUACAUAUAAAAUGAUAUUAGUCACAGAUAUAAAUUAGAAUAUAUGGGAGAUAAGUGAUAUGUUGGGAUAUUACUUAUGUAAUAUACAGAGUAUGGGGACUUGGUGAAAAAAAAAAGCCAAUCAGAGAAGGAGAGCAAGAGCAAGAAAGAUGGACAAGAUGGAAGUGGAAUAAAAUGGUUUUUUUAAUUCACGAGCUUGUAUAAGAAGAUAGAACGGUUUAAAAUGUGUUGAUACAUUAUGAAGUUUAAGAAGCGAACGAGAUGAUCCACAGAUGCUAGUAAUUUUAUUAUUUAGAUUAAUAUAAUAUUAGCUCCAGGUAUGUUCGGAUUUUCUUAAGGAAUAUUUUGUAUUGUGAUUGCGUUUAAUAAAUAAGUCACUAUUAUUUAACUACUUCGCACUGUUGUGAUUGAUAACAAGAUUGUGAUUGUUACACUAUUUAUUUUAAUGACUUAUUGAAUUGACAAGUUAUUGUUAAUGAUAUUAAAUCCUCUAAUGGCUUAAGCUUUUGAAACAAUAACAAUACACAAGCAUUUAUGUUGCUUGAAAAUUAUUAACAUUAUUCUUACUGAGGGGAAUGAUUUGACCUUGAUGUUAGAACGAUUACACUAUAUCGUCCUACUAACUAUAAACUAGACUGUAAUUUUUUAAAAGCUAUUUUCAACUCUUUUCUGUACAAUGAAUUCUUUUUUUAAUAUUUUUUUUAUUAGUUAAAUCUUUUAAAGUUAAGCAUUUGUUCUAUUAAUGAUGUUUUAAAGAAAAAUAAACAAAACAAUUGUUCUCAGAGAAUAUUAAAUUUACUUUUAAAAAAACUACAAACUUACUAUAAUUUUACCCUUUUUUUCCUUGACAAGGUUUGCAAGGCCUGGCGCGAAGGCUUUCACGACCCUUGUCUCUGGAGCAACAAGACUAUGCUGUUUUGCCACCGCAAAGACGAAAAAGAUUUAAAGGCCACCAAAGAAUUUUACUACACAUCUGGUACAGUAACUUCGCUACUCAUUAGGGGUACAACUAAAGUACAAAUACAACUAAAAUAUAUACUAUUAUGAAAAAGAACAUAAAAAAGAAACUUAUUAGUAUAACUGCAAUGGAGGUAAAGCUCACAUUUUCGUACACUUGUAGGCAGUCACUUUGUCCAUUGAACGUGAUGCCUGGUUUCUAAACGGAGACUUAGUAUAUAGUAAGAGGGGGAAAUUGAAAUCAUCUUAUUUCGUGUGGUAGAUCAGACAGCCACAUGUGGACGACAUGUCAUUUGGUGUAAGAAAUCAGACAGUCACAUGCGGACAUUACUUUGUACAGCCUUUUUAUGCAGUCAUCGAGAAAGUAGUUAUUAUCUUAUAACAAUGGUGCACGCCAAGUUAUUCCUAGUUGGUUUAAAAUGUAAAAUAAUCAUGAUUGUUUAAAGAUAGCUUCACUAAUAACAAGUAUAGGAAUGAAGAAUGGACAGUAUUAAGGCGUUCUUUGUUGCGCCCAGUCAGGGUAGACAAUUAAAAAUCACCUGGUGCUUUUCUUUUCUUCACUUCCAAAUGCUUUACAAUCUACCUUGAAUGUUAGUCUCAAGAGUGUUUACACAUUUUCAAAAAAAUUUGUUUCUAACUAGGAAGGAAUGGAAUAAAACUUGUCAAGCAGUUCCCAAGAUAUCUAAAAAAAGUGACGAUAUUGUUCAUGCCCGAUCUUUGGCGCAGGCCUAAGGAUAUCAUCAAUGACUUGCAAAAUUUUGCUGAACUUUUGGAUGACGCAAAUAUCAAAGAAAUUAAUUUAAUUAAUCUCAAACUUCAGAUGCUGAAAGGGCAGAUGCGUUCAAAUUUACUAAACGC